AUGGAACCUAUCAACGCGUCAUCACGUGACGGCUUCUGUUCCUGUAGGCAAGCAUUCUUUGCCUCGGCCCAAAACACCAACCUGUCGCGCUCGUCUCUCGUCUCUCGUCUCUCGUCUCUCGUAACUCAUCGUCGCAACUUGCAAGCGAACGAUUUUGGACUCCCUUAUGAGUACAAGACUUUGCAACGAGUGCCAGAUGACACAUUGAGAGCUGCUCCACCAGUCAUCAUGAUUGUUGCAAUCCGCCAUCAAAACUUCAACCUUUUGCGUCUACAGUCUUCACCUUUCAGCCAGCCAUGCGCUGGCCUGGAAUCCUACACUGGCACAUAA